GUCGUCCUCGUUGACCUAGCGUUAGGUUACGAACUCAAAGGUACCACGCCGUCUGUUUCAUCUACAACAAGAAAAGAACUGCAUCUACAAUGACCUCCGGCUCCUCCUCGUCCACUCACUCCAAGUCCUACGAGGAGUACGCGAAAGAAAAGCGGGAACAGGACUGGCAGCGGAAAGUGGAUGAGAAGAAAAAGAAACUAACAACCAACCAAGACCGGAUCAAACAAGCGGAUAGUUACAAGAAAACCGGCAAUGAGAAGUUCAAAUCCGGAAAUCUCGACGAGGCGAUUGACUACUUCCGGGAAGCCUACAACUAUGUUUUCGACCUGCCCGAAACCGUGAAUAAAGAGAGGUCCAAAAUCGUCGUCGCUUUGUUGCUGAAUUUGGCACUUUGCUACGAGAAGCAGGCGAAGAAGCUGGAUUUGCGGUUGGAGAGCGAAUAUGAAUUGCAAAAGUAACGUACUAGUAUAUUAUAAAUUGCAAUACAAAUUUUCCCAAGAACAAAAAUGCAAUUUGUCAUGCUAUUUCAGGUAGAGAGUUGGAUUUGUCAUGCAUAUCUGCAAUUAGUACGAGUGCGAUACUUUUGCACAGGAGAGCGAAGUGAAAAAGUUCGAUUGCCGGGAGUAUGGUGUGGAGUUGGAGUCCAACUCUGCGGUCGUGGAGAAAAAAUCUUCAAAUAAAGACGAAGUACAAGUAGGUGGCACCACACCAGCUAGUAGCGGUCAACACGGAAUUCAUGUUCACCAACAAGAAGAGCAGCAGCGAGACCACGACUUUCUUCUUGUCCAGAAAGAAAGAAACACCCUGUACGAAAAGAUGCGGGACAAAGCGAAAGAGGCAGUGAAAAUUUGCAACAUCGAGCGGAACGAAGUGGAAGUCACUUUUGUUUUAAAAUCGAGAUUAAGGCUCGCGGUAGCUUGUGAAAAGCUCGGGGAGUUUUCCGAUUCCCUCACGCAGGUGAACAAGAUUAUCGCCGUUGGGAAAAAGACGAAAGCUGCGGAAGGAAAGAUAAAGAAUGAGGAGCUGCAAGAGUACGGAAAAAUCUCGGGUUUCGUCGCAGAAGCGGAAGCUAUGCUGAAAACGUUGGAGGCGCAAGCAGACGCGAUGAAUAAGAAAGCUGCGGUGAAGAAGGGGUUCCUUUUUUCCGGGAAGAGUAGGAGCGGUAAGAUGACUUCUGCAGGCGCGGAGGUGGAGGUCGCGUCUGCAAAGAAAGAUGCAACGGCUCUAACAGCUGCGGCCGCACAGGACACGCCACCAGCCGAAGAGCCGCUGAAGGACUUCUCCCAGAAGCUGUUCACGAAGCUGAACAAAAAGACGACCAACUCCUCGUCCCUCUACGAAGAACGCGAGAAGCAAAUGGAGCCGAUUCGGGAGAAGAUUAAGAAAGAGGACAAAGUUCUGGAGUUGGAAAGAGAACUCCACAACAUCGUAGCGACAAAGGAAGCCGAUAAAGCGGAAACCUUGGAUGAGUACAAGGAGCAAAAAUUCAACCGGAUGCUGGCCAAUGAGGACCAGUUGAACGACAAGAAAAUAUGCAUUGCAAAUAUGUCUGGGUCUGGAAGGUUGCAGCUGCUUGUGAUGCUGUGUUUCAAUUCUAGAAAAAUUUGUAUUGCAUGACCAGCAACUACAGGAGUCCAGCGCUUGCUACGCGGAGAGGGAAUUUCUCAUGCGUAAUAGGCAUGAUCAGGAAGCCCUCUAGUGCAAAUCUGUGAUGCUAGGUGGUCGUGCAUUACAGGUAUCCAUCCUGGGCCAUGCAAAAUAUGCAUGACAAACCUGGCAGACUUCCAGACCCAAACAUAUAAUGAUUUGCAUCUCAUAGAAAAAAGUUUUGGACAAGAUCGCGUUUGAUAAGGAAAUAUGAAAUGCAAAAGCAUCGUACUAGUAUAAAUUGCAUUACAAAUAAUUACAUCAACAUUACAAAUGAGAUUUGUGAUGCUGUUUUACCUUCGGAAAAAGAUUUGUCAUGCAUAACAGCAAUUACUACGAGUACGAUACUUUUGCAGUGCAUAGGAAAUGGAAGAAGAUCAAGAUUGGUGGAAAAGAUUGAAAAACAAGAUUCACGAGAAGGACAAAGAUAAUAGCGGAAGUGUUGGGGAUUCAGAUUCUGCAGCACAACAACUGAGUACGACCCCCACUUCCUCAUCAAAACCCAACAGCAGCUUUGAGUCCUACGAGUGCGACCGCAUGGUCAGACACCGGUUGAAGGAUAUUUUUCUCGGCGUCGCAAUUGAGGCGGAGGAGAACAUGGACUUAAAGGAGAUUCAACAACUUGUCGAUCCGAACACCACCGCGCUGGACUUAGUUAAACACGAGGAAGAGCAGAAUCAGUAUUGUUUCAAAACCCUCAUCACCAACAUCGACAUCAAGUCUGGUGAUUGCGGGAUCUUCCGCACGGCGAAACACAACUACAUCGCCGGUUUGAAACCUUUCUUCUACUUCGAAUUCAACUUUGAACUGCAGUGGGAGGUGGUGGUAGGGAGAAGGAACGAGCAGAGUUAUCAAACCGGGAAGGACAUUAUGAAGAAAGUCGCGAGUUCCUACCGGGAAGAGGCUUCGUCGGAGGAACAGAAAAAAACUGGUUCCGGGUUUUGUGACGCGCCCAGCACGUUUGCGAAGGGGCAGGCGAUCUCCUUCGGGAAAUUGGAGGUGUUGGAUUUUAGCUCAGAUGAAUAUGGGAAAUGGGACGAGGAAGCUUUAGUCGUGCGUAAAGUUGUGGAGAAGGAUAAAAUUUUAGGUGGGGUGAAAGUUGAGAAAAAUUGUGCAAGAUUAGUUUCAGAGAUGGAAAAAGUGGUAAAAAGAAGACUGGGCAAGUUCGUGAAAGAGUUUCAAAAUAUCGAGUUGUGA